AAUAAUAUAUUUUUAUGUAUAAUAGAGUAAAUAUAUUGAAAAAGUCGUCUAUUAAUCUUAAUGGUAUCGAAAAUUUUAUUUUAAUUGAAAUUUUAUAAAAAUAUAUCUGUACUAAUAUAUUUUAUUAUUAUUUAAUUUGAGACAGUAAGUUAAAAAUCCAUUCUACGGGAUAACAAUGUUGUAUUAAAUUUUUUUCAUGUUAAAAUCAUAUAUAUAUACAUAUAUAUGUAUGUAUAUAUGUAUGUAUGUAUGUAUGUAUGUAUGUAUGUAUUCGUGCUAUUAUUGCUAUUUUUCAUUUUUAAGAUAACUACCGCCCUCCCCUCUCUAUUAGAAUGAUGGGCUCGUCCAAUGUUUUCAUCUCUCAUCAUAAAAAAUUUUCGUGCAAUCAGUAUAUGUUGUAAAAUAUUUUGUUUUCAAAGAAUGACAAAAAAUAGGAAUUUUUUUUUAAGUUACAUAUGAAAUUAAAAUAUAUUGAAAUAAACAUAAUAACAGUAACUGAUUUUUCAUAUAUUGUUUGGAUUCGGCCAUUUUGAAGUGAGGAAGGUAAGGGAGAAAAUGUGUAAUUGUUAUCAUUCAUAAUAUAUAUACUGCAGUUAUCUAUCGUUAUCAUUAAUAAUUUAAUAAAUAACUAUUUCCAAAAAAUAGUUAUUUUCAACAAAAAUAAUAAUUCUAUAUAAAAAUAAGAAAUAAAAUUUCCUUGUACAUAUCCCUUGGUCGGCCAUGUGUAUAAGCACAUCGUUUAAAAUGUCUUCACAACCCAUACUGAACAACCAAUAAGGAGAGGGCGGUAAAACCACGUGACCGUUACUGGCCAAUCGUCAGGACGAAAUUUGAAAUCGUGCGUGGUCUUUGUUCACUAUCCUCCCGUCAACGUUACUUCAGUUCCGUAAAGGGGGCCUUGUGUCGGUGUCCGUUUAUACAUGGUCGCUGCCAAAAAUCGCAUAAUUCUCUUGUAAAUAUAUGUGUGAAAGUGGUGCUUGGCCGCGAGGACGACGUGAUUUAAGGAUUGUCAAACAUACGGGUCAUCAGGUUGCACAGACGCAUAUGAGAAGGGGAGAGAAAUUGCGUGACCUAUUUGCAUACAACGGCGGAGAGGAGAGAAAAAAAUGUAACGUCGUCUCGGGGAGACUCGGGGAGUCCAGGUCAUGAACAUUAUCGGCGGAAGUGUGGCCCGUUGAGGAAGUAGCCGUCAGGUGAAUGUUGGAUACGGAGAGCAGACACGGUACUGAGCUGGUUCAGGGACCGACGCGGGACCCUUGGCUCACGAUGGAUUACUAUCUCGGUACGGAUAGUUUAUCGUUGCAAGAGAUGCUCGAUGUCGAUAUCAAAUGCGAAAUCGAGGGCGUUAUCGGCGGGCACACGGAGCUGGGCUUCAAUUUCACCGACAUGUCCGCUCUGGAAAUGGACGAUGAUCCUAUUGGGUGUCAAAAUGAUCUUAGCGGAUGGUUCGGAUCCACCAGUUUGCUUAACGGGAACAGCAAUAGCUCGAACAGUAAUUUCAAUCUUGACCUUAGCGGGAGCGACGCUGCCUCCAUUAUGGUAAAUCCUAACUCGGUGAUGCCGCACAUGGCGCUUCGAAGUCCUACUCCGAAUAAUAACAAACGACUCUUUUCAUUUUCACCGAAAAGAGAUAUGAAAGAGAAAAUUGAUUUCGAAGAAGAGAUAGAAGGUAGAGGACGUUACAGAAGGAACGAGAACGAGAAUGAGAACGAGAACGAGAACGAGAACGAGAAUGAGAACGAGAACGAGAAUGAGAACGAGAACGAGAACGAGAAUGAGAACGAGAAUGAGAACGAGAACGAGAACGAGAACGAGAAUGAGAAUGAGAUCGAAAAUGAGAAUGAGAACGAGAAUGAAAACGAAAAUGAAAAUGAACAAGAGAACGAAAUCGAGAACGAUACCGAGACGGAACAAUAUGAAAACGAUAUAACGGAAACCGACGAGGAGGAUUCCGAGGAUGAGCAGGAAGUGUCGAAGUCGGUGACACCGUCCAAGUCGAAAACGAUCUCAAUAUCAGCUGCUAAAAUGACAUCCCCGCAAUAUACGAAGGCACAGACCACCCCGAAAAUAAACGGUAUGUCUGGCAUCAGGAUCCAGAACUUCAAAGUGUUACAGAGUUCCAACCAGAUGCCGCAACACGUGCGGAAACAGAUCUACAAUAACAACGUGCACAUCAAUCAAGGAUCCACCACUAUCGGUACAGUGAAAAGGGAGAAAGAAUUCGAUCUAUCAGACUAUGAUGACAAACCGUAUCCUAAACCGGCUUACUCUUACUCUUGCCUGAUUGCGAUGGCGUUAAAAAAUAGCCAGACAGGCUCUCUACCGGUCUCAGAAAUUUACAAUUUUAUGUGCGAGCAUUUUCCAUAUUUCAAGACUGCACCAAAUGGUUGGAAGAAUUCAGUUAGACACAAUUUAUCAUUAAACAAGUGCUUUGAAAAAAUCGAAAAGCCUGCUGGAAAUGGAAAUCAGAGAAAAGGAUGCUUGUGGGCUAUUAAUCCAGCAAAAGUAGCAAAGAUGGAUGAAGAAGUACAAAAAUGGUCCAGAAAAGAUCCUUUAGCUAUCAAAAAAGCAAUGAUAUAUCCAGACCAUUUGGAAUUGCUUGAAAGAGGUGAGAUGAAAUAUGCAGGCAGUGGUGAUGUAUCUGAAGAAACAGAAAGUUCAGGUGAUGAAGCAGUUGAAGAAAGCACAACGUAUGAAGAAUCUAUUCACGGUCACAUAACUGCGAAUUCAGUGACAGAUAGUUAUGAUGAGAGCAGUCAGGAUUGUGAUAUAGACAUUCAUGAGCAUUUAUAUGAUGAGAUAGAUAUCGAGGACAAUAAAGAAGCAUUACACAUGCAUUUAAACAUUUCAAAACAAGAACCAUUUGAAUACGAGCUUAAUUCCGGUACGAAAAGACAAAAAACGUUAACCGGUGCAAUACAAGGAAAUUACGUGUACCAACCUGUGACUACUUCACGAAGAAAAACACCUCUUCUUGUACGAGCUGGUGCAGGAAACAGCUCAUUUCUUAAAAUCGAUUAAGUUUAGAUUUAUCAUCUAAUUAUAAAUUACCAAUUUUAUACGUAUCUAUAGCUAUAGAUAAAUCGACAAAUAUAAUGCUUCAGAGAGAAAAUAUUUGACAAAAAGUCACAAAAAAUUCUCUAUUUAACUUAUUUUAUUUUUGUAUAAUUUUUCUUAAGACCUUUAAUAACCCUGAUAUUCUAUUUUAUGUAAAUGUUUUCAUUUAUUUAUAAAAUAAGUUUAUAAAUGAGUGAAAAUAGAUUUUCAAUAGAAUAUUAGGGUUAAAUAAUACUAUAAGAUUAAAUGACUUUUGUAUUAUAAUAAUGAUUAUUAAGGGAAUUGUCGAGAAGUCCUAUGAUCUAAAGAAUUUAUUUUAUAAGUCACAUCUUUUUCUAUUUUUCUACUAAUGCUCGAUUGCUAUUAUGUAACAAUCAUGAUCAUAAUUUUUACAUUAAAAAUCUUCACUUCUAGACAAUUCCCUAGAUCGAUAAUACACAAGCCCUUUAAAAAUAAAUAAUACUUUCUAUAUAUUCAUUUAUACAUUAUCUGGUUUUUCUUACGUUAUUUCACCUAAUUUAAUAAUAUUUAAUAAUAUCUAAAAUUUUCUCAGUGUUUUGAAACAAAGAAAAAUUUUUGAAAAAUAACUUCAAAUAUUUUCUACUGAUAGCGAUCGAUGACAAUUACAUUCAUCACAAUUGUAGAAUUUGAUGACUCGUAGUAUAUAAUAUUUUUUUUUUUUUUUUUUUUUUUUUUUUGUUAAUAUGCGAAG